AUGCGCGCGCUUGUCAUCUCUUUGAUCAUCUUCGUGAUCAUUUUACUCAUUGGUAUCUUUGGUUGGACACAGGGUUGGUUCAAGGGCAUCUUCAAGUCCGCUGCCAAGGCAGGAUCAGGAUCAGGAUCAGUAUCUGGCACAGGAUCAGGUACCAACACGCCAACACAGUGUCUCAAAACAGAUACAUUCCCCGUCACCGCCGUCGGCAAAACGGGCCAAGGAAGCUGCCCAGCCCCCCAGACUGGCACCGUCACAGCCAUGUGUCAAGCGGAUGGAACCUUCGGCCCAACCGAUACAUCUGGAUGCGUCACCCCGAACACCAUCUCGGCUGGUGGCUAUUGUGUUAACAAUGGUGUCAACGUGUGGGACGAAUGGCAAUCAACGACGGGCAGGGCAAAAUGCAACACUACAAACAACAUGUGGACCGUGGAGUGCCCUGCUGGUACGGUGAAGACGAGCCUGUUCACCAUGAGCAACACAGGUAGGGGCGGGGAAGGUGCGGUGUGUAGCCCAAAGGUUCAGGAUGCCACAGCAUGUCUGGGCGGGAAGCCAGGGAUUUGGGACGAGCAAGCUCUGCCUCCGUCUGGAAAAGCCGCCUGCGACAAGACGGCCAACGUAUACGUCGGCGGCUGUCCUGCAGGAACGGAGAAGCAUACCCUAUUCAAGAUGACGUAUGGCGGUUACGGCGGGGAGGCUGCUCUUUGCGACGCUGGUACCGCCGCAGGUGGGGUGUGUUUGUAUGGGGUACCUAACAGAUGGGACGGUAUCACAGAAACGUAUGGAAACGCGAGCUGCGAUAAAACUACAAAUAUCUAUAGCGUAACCUGCCCUCCCGGGACUACCAAGAUUCCAAUCUACAACAUGACGAAUUCGAACCGUGGCGGUGAAGGGGCUAUAUGUGUCUGA